AAUUAAUAUUAAAGAUACCUCAACACGCAUUUUUAUAUAUAACCCUUCUUUCAAUUACAAAAUUUGCUAAAAUGCAGCUCGGCAGCCUCUUCAAUGCUGCUACCCUCGUCGCAGCUGCCACCGCCACUUACGUAUCCUUUGACACUGGCUAUGAUGAUCCUUCCCGUUCUAUGACCCAAGUGGCCUGCUCUGACGGUGUCAAUGGCCUCAUCACCAAAUACCAUUGGCAGACCCAGGGCGAAGUCUCCAACUUCCCCUACAUUGGUGGCGUCCAAGGUAUCCAAUGGAACUCUACACAGUGCGGUACUUGCCAUCGACUGGAGUACGGAGGCCGUAGCAUCCAUAUCCUGGCUGUUGACGCCGCCUAUAACGGCGGCUAUAACAUUGCCUUGAAAGCACUGGACACUCUUACUGAUGGCCACGCUGUGGAGUGGGGACAUGUGGAUGCUGUGGCUACACAGGUUUCUGUAAAUGAAUGUGGAUUGUUCACCGUUUACUGAACUGGAGAAGAGUUCGGUGUCACACAUAAGAGUGUGUUAUUUAUAAGAAACAAGUGUGUUAUUUAUAGGAAACAGAGCAUUUUCACU